AUGGCGGCACCUUCGACGUUUUCCUACGCGCAAGCCGCCAAAGGACAAGGCGCCAUCCCUUCAAGCACAACCUCUUCCGCCACGCCCGCUGAUGCCCAGGGCUCCCAGCCCACCUCUUCCGUCGCCAAGACGUCCAUCUCUUCAGGAAUCCCAGCAGAGCCUGCGUCGGAUCCCGCUCGUUUCGCUGAGCCCCGUGCUCUGGCUCUCGAGAAGCAGGAGAUCGAUUCAAGCAUUGGCUCGGAGAGCGACUUGCGUUCCGAUGCCACCACCGAGAAGCAGUCCGAUUCAAAGCGAGACGAUGACGCCGGCCGGUUAGAUCGGCCGUGGCGGCGGGCCGACAAGGGGACGAGAUCCUCCAGCACCACGACCCGGUCGGUCGACGAGCACGAGACGCGGAAGACGCGGAAGAGCAAGAAGUCCAAGCCGUCGGAGAAGCAAACCGCCGAGCAGACGUCGGCGGCGGGCAAGGACGAGGAGCCCGUGCCGGAGCCUCCAAAGGUCGAGCUGUCCGAGGCCCCCAUCCCGUCCGUCAACAUUUGGCAGCAGCGAAAGGAGGCACAACAGGCGAAGACGAAGCCCAGCGCGAACGCCGCCGAGGACGUCGCCAACGGCGAGCCGGCCCACGUCGAGGACGUGAAGACGGCUGCCAAGGCCGCCGGUCCGGCGGCACCGCUCGCCCGAGAGGCGGCCGCGCCGAACGGCGUGAAGCCGCCUCGGAAGACGGCCGAUGUCGUUCGCACCGAGCGAAACGGCAGCCGGGGCUCAAGAUUGCCGGACAGGGAUGCCAAGGACGCCAAGUCGGAGGUGCCCCCUCCCGUGGGCGAUGCCUCCUCGUGGCCGACGCCGGAAACCGCCAUCAAGGAGGAGAAGAAGAAGCCGGUGACGAGCCCGGUGGAGCGCCAGGAAAAGGAGCCCAAGGAGGCCCAGGAUGACUCCCAGAAGCCGCGUCAGAAGGAGAAGUGGGUGACGUACGACUACGUCCCGUCGGUGAACUUUGAGACCCAGCUGCCUCAGAUGCGCAACUCGAAGCCUCGCGGUGGUGCGCGAGGAACGAACUCGAAUCGUGCUGCGGCCGGCACCAACGCCGGAGACAAGGUCGCCUCCAACACACCCGCAGCCAAGCCCAGCGAGUCGAGGGAUCGACCUCGCGAGGCUGGCGCCCCCGCCAACAGAGCCACCUCCCUGCCGCCCUCGGCGAAGCGUGCGUCCAUGGAUGGCUCCAGCGCCAAGGACCAGAAGAAGUCUCCCGGCCAUGCUGCGGGUGACAAGACCAAGGACUCGGCCGCCCCUCAUCAAGCCGAACAGGCCCACGGCUCUCGAGAGCGCCCGGAAGGUCGCGGCGAGAGGGGACGAGCAGGAUUCCGCGGCCGCGGCGGCCACCACUCCAUCAGCACCCAUUCGCAGCAUCAGCAUAACGGCUCCGUCUUCCCGUCCGGAUCGGUACCGUCACGGCCCCAAGGCCCCUACAGCCCUCCGCCCAGGCAAGGCGCUCAUGGCCAGAUGUUCAUGCCCCCCCCGCAGAGGGGCGGACGCGGCCGUAGCGGUGCCAACUUCCACCGCAUGUCGUUGCCGGGCGGGACGUCUCGGCUGCCUCCGGUGCAGACCCAGUUUGGCCCCUACGACUACUCGAUGGCUCCGCUCUCCGCCGUGCCGUUCCAGCCCCAGCCGUACUGGGACAAUGUCGUCAUGUCGUUGCUCAAGAAUCAGAUCGAGUACUACUUCUCCAUCGAGAACUUGUGCAAGGACAUGUACCUCCGGCAGCGAAUGGACUCUCAGGGCUUUGUGAAGCUGCACUUUGUCGCGGCGUUUAAGCGCAUAAGGGAGCUUACGCUGGACAUGGGCAUGAUUCGAGCCGUGUGCGAAACGUCGACGGAGCUCGACUUCGUCGUCGGCGAGGACGACGUGGAGCGACUCCGCAGGAGGUCGGCGUGGCAGAGCUUCGUGAUGCCCAUGUCGGAGCGAGACGACUCGGCGCGCAACGACGGCCCGUCGCACGUCACGUUCAAGAACCGCCCGUUCAACUAUUCCCCCCAGUUCAACGGCAUGGCGCCGCCGCCGCACGUUGCCUCCCCGCCGUUGGGCUACAACCCGCAGGGCGAAGCCCAGUUCCCGCAGUUCCACGAUCGACCUGCCGUGAAUGGCCUGGUGAACGGCGGCGGGUCGAGCCACGGCGGUGCCACGCAGCUCUCGGCAGAAGUCCCGGACUUUUCGCCCUCGGCCACCGCUGCUCUUGGGGAGCCCCUGGGCGCGGGAAGCGCUGCGGGCGACAAGUUGGCGGUGGACGUUGAAAAGGAUGUCAAGACCAAGGUCACCAACGGUCACGUGAAUGAGCCGGCCAUUGCCCUAGCCAACGGUUUCCAUGCGGAUGAAGCCUCCGGCUAA